UGUGGUUAUUAGUAGCCUACCAAAGCAGUCAACAACACAGUUAUUGAUACGGACCAUCCAUUACCAAACAUAUAUACGAUCAUGAUCACAGACAGAUCAAAUUUGAAAAUUAUUAUUAUUUAUUUUUACUCACGAUAAAAGGUACAUUUCUUGAUAAAUAGAUUUCCAGAAUAUAUAUAUAUCAUAUUUUGAUCACUCCCAGGAAGUGAUUUUGUUUGCUUGCUGUAUAAAGGUACGAGAUAUAUUUUUAUCACUUGGACCUACCCUCCCAUAUGGAUUACUCUCAACAACGAGAUUGGAAAGAUCAAACAUGCAGGCCUGCCUUCAAAUCAACAGAUCAUUGUAUCAACCUUCUGUAGCUUCUCCAUAGCCGAUCGCCUUUCAUUGAUGAAUGCCCACCCGGAAAAUCAACUCCCUUGGCUCACGAUUUGAAUCGCAAUGACCAGAUACUUACCGAUCGACUGAACACGGAUUACACAUCACACCAAUGCAAGAAAUUGAGACCGAUAUUAAAGUGAUGCCUGUUGCCACGACAAUGUUGAAUAUCAACAUAUCAUUAGUGAUGAAUAUGGAUUUCAGCGCUAACCACAGUGCCACAGACACUAGUGGUGGGUACGACACGCCACCCCAGGAAAUACCCAACCCCAACACCUUAGAUCCACUUUACAUCGAAUGCUACAUGAAUGGAAUCAUGGCUUUCAUUAUCAUUGUACUUGGCCUUGUGGGUAAUACACUCACUGUUAUAGUACUUACGCGCCGGACGAUGCAUUCGUCGACAAACUGCUACCUCACAGCUCUAGCUAUCUGGGACGGAUUGGUGCUAAUCGGCACCUUAAUUCUCAUCACCAUUCCUCAACUCUCGGAGUCUUUUCGGCACCAUGCUUUCGCAUAUGUGGCUGUGUACAUUUACCCAUUUGCAUUAGUGGCACAGACUGCCACCCUGUGGCUCACAGUGUCAUUCACAGUGGAGCGGUAUAUUGCUGUAUGCCACCCGCUGAAGGCGGCCCAAAUGUGUACAAUUGCGCGUGCCCGUAUGGUCAUCAUAUUUGUGUCUAUCACCUCGUUCCUGUUCAAUCUGAGCCGCUGGUUUGACUACCGCAUCGACUACGACAAGAACAAUGCCACCAAUGCCACAAUUAUCAUCCACAACAGCACGGAGUUCGGUGGCAACAAGAUUUACCACAGAGUGUAUUUCUUGGGCCUUUAUUUAUUUGUGAUGUUCUUUAUUCCUCUGCUGUCCCUCGCUAUAAUCAACACUUUCCUUGUCUUGGCCGUAAAACAAUCACAAAAACAACGCAUUGAUAUGAACGUGCGGCAACACCGUGAAAACAACGUGACCAUCAUGUUGGUAUCAGUCGUGAUUGUGUUCAUGAUUUGCCAGGUCCCCGCUCUCAUCUACAACGUGGCGUACGCAGUCGACAUGGUAAGCGUGCAAAGUUUAUUCGGCUGGAAAGUCUUAUCAACUUUUAGGAAUUUCAUGGUUACGUUUAACAGUGCGAUCAAUUUCAUUCUGUACUGUGCGUUCGGCCAGAAGUUUCGCCGCACCUUUAUGAAGACGUUUUGUCAGCGGUGCCUUAGGAGGGAGGAUUUUAAUGCGUUCACCUACCCACAAUCCACAGUACUAGCCUCCAUGACACUCGGCAACAGCAAGUAUCGGGUGUUGCGGGGCAAAAAGAACCCCCACCUCGAGAUGACGGAGCUUACUUGUGCGUCUAACGCUACCCAUACUACUUUACUGUCAAAAUAUUCGCCUCAAACCUCCAAAGCAACCACACCCAUCCACAAAAUUAAAUAUGAAAAUGGAAAAUUUAACAAUGCUGUUGCUAAGAGAAACGGUGAAAUACAUAAAGAAGGUUAUGCAAGUGAAAUUGAGGAUGAACAGGAAGUCUGUGACAUUCUUAAAACACCAUUUUCUAGCGGUGCUCCGUCACCAGUAUUGUAGAGAGUUAUGGUUCUUGGUUUCUAAUGAAAGCAUGUAUUAGUCACGCCACCUCUGGAAUAUUUAAUCUUACAGGUCAAGCAUUAAGGAGACCCUAAAGCUGUGACAAAGAUGUGUGAUUUUCAUAAUCUUGGAUUAAAACAUGGAAGUAAUUCUAUUGGAUUUAUUUUGAAAACAAUGUGAAGUGUUGACAACCAAGGAUGAAAUAAGUUUUAUGUGACAUCAUUUCAAUAUAACCAAUUCAAUUCUUUAUUAAUACAGAUUAACCAAGUUUUUUGCUGAAAUAUAAGAUUUGCUUCCCACAAAAAUGACCACCAUUCUGUCGUAAAGUGAACAUAACAUUGUCCUUUUAUUUAUCAUUUUUCAGAUACAGCUUCAAAAAUCCUUCAAGAAGAAUAUUUUGAAUUAAAAUAUCUUAAU